AUGAACCCCAACGCACCGAGCUUUGGGUUUAACCCCGCUGCAUCUGGCUUCAAGCCGCGCAAUGCGCAGCCGACGAACGAUGCAGAGUACUUUAACCAGGGAUUUUCUGGGAUGGGUAUCGGUGCUCAGAAUGCAGCGCCUGCAUCCGCACCUGCACAUGAGUCUGCGCCAGCGCCAGCGCCAGCGCCGAGCACUACCGCUGCGCCACUGCCACCGAUGGCUGCAGCAGCGCUGGCCGCCACUAACGACAAGCCUGCUGGUGCGAAGCAAGCAGUGAGCAUUUCGCUUGGCGGCGCCAAGAAAGAAACCGUACCCGCCAAGCCCGCCGCCGUAGCGGAGCCCCCGGCCCAGGCCGAAGCUGCCAAAGGCCAAGCUGUCAAGCAGCAGAACAAGGCCGAGAAGAAGGUUGCAGAAAAGUCUGCCGUUGAUGCGAGCAAGGUCCUGGACGAUGCACGCAAGGUGACCGACGAGGAGACGCUCAAAGAUCUGUUUGGUGAUGCGGACAUCAAAUCGCACCUCAACGUUGUGUUUAUCGGUCACGUCGAUGCGGGCAAGUCGACGCUUGGCGGAAAUCUCUUGUACAUGACCGGCAUGGUCGACAAGCGCACGCUUGAGAAGUACGAGCGCGAAGCUAAGGAGCUCGGUCGCGAGUCUUGGUAUCUUUCCUGGGCACUUGAUUCGACCUCGCAGGAGCGCGAAAAAGGCAAAACGGUCGAGGUGGGGCGCGCCUUUUUCGAGACAGAAAAGCGUCGCUACACAAUUUUGGACGCGCCUGGGCACAAGACCUACGUCCCGAAUAUGAUUGCCGGCGCGGCGCAAGCAGAUAUUGCGAUCCUCGUCAUCUCUGCGCGCCGAGGCGAAUUUGAGACUGGCUUUGAGCGCGGUGGACAAACGCGUGAGCAUGCCAUGUUGGUCAAAACCGCCGGUGUGCAGCGUCUGAUUGUUGUGAUCAACAAGAUGGACGACCAGACGGUCAACUGGGACAAGGAGCGAUACGACGAAAUUGUGGGUAAGCUGUCUCCAUUUUUGAAAAUGUCUGGGUUCAACCCAAAAACCGACGUAACGUUUAUUCCCGUCUCUGCUUAUUCCGGCGCGAAUCUUAAAGAGUCUGUGCCCAAGGAUGUGUGUGCAUGGUUUGACGGCCCAGCACUCUUGCCUUUCCUCGACAGCCUCGAGCAGGGCGACCGCAAUUUGAACGCAUCCCUCAAACUGCCCAUCAGCGAAAAGUAUGCCGAUAUGGGCACGUAUGUCGUCGGCAAGAUUGAGAGCGGGACGAUCAAGAAGGGCGAGAAUUUGGUGUUGAUGCCUAACGCUACCAAUGUGGAAGUGCUCGGACUUUAUAGCGAGGUCGACGAAGAAGUGCCAGCGGCGAUUUCAGGCGAUAAUGUCCGGAUCAAGCUCAAAGGUGUGGACUUGGACGAGGUGCAGGCUGGGUUCGUACUCACCGAUCCCAAGGAUCCCGUGCAUGUCGUGACACGCUUCGAGGCUCAGUUGGCAAUCCUCGAGCACCGCAACAUUAUCUGCGCGGGCUACAGUGCGGUGAUGCACGCCCACUCGCUCUCGGAAGAAGUCAAUCUUGCCGAGCUCCUGCACUACUACGACAAAAAGACGGGGAAAAAGAGCAGGAAGGGGCCCCAGUUUGCGAAGAAAGGGAUGAAGAUUAUUGCGCAGAUCCAAGCGACGGCGCCCAUUGCAUUGGAGCGCUUCAAAGACUGCCCACAGCUCGGCCGCUUUACAUUGCGCGACGAGGGCAAGACGAUUGCGAUCGGCAAAGUGACCAAGCUGCUUACGGACAACGAGAUGCCAGAGAUGAACAAGCUGAGCGUAAAGUGA